CUGACCUGUAACUUGGCCUAUACUCCAUUUGUCUAUCAUCAUCACCGGCAUAAUCAAAUGACAAAACUAACCUCAAAUCUUCCCUUUGAUUCCAUAAACACGGAUUAAACAGCAAGGGCACAUCGGGAAAAGAAAAAUAAAAUUAAAAAACACGACAAAAACCAAAAAAAAAAAAAAAAAAAAGCUCCCGAAACAGAUUCUCUCUGUGAAUUACAAGUUGACCUUUCUUUACAGGCGGAUUCGUGUUUUACAUCACUAUAAACCCAAACAUAGAUAAACCCUAAAACCCAAUUCACUUUUCAAGAAUUAGGACUAAAUUCAAUCGCAUAUGAUUGAAACCCUAAUUAUUCCCACACAAUGUCUUCAUCAGAAAUCGAAAUCGUAUCAGACUCUACCAAUGAUCAGAAGAAUUCGGCUCAAAACCCUAAUGAAGUCGCCAUUACCGAUGUUUUUGGCGCUUCUGCUUACGGAGAUUUCGAGAAAUUGCGGAAGUUCGUCGAAGAAGAUGGCGUUUCUCUCUCUAAACCUGACGCCAAUGGCUAUCACGCUGUUCAAUGGGCUGCGCUGAACAAUUUCGCUGCUAUCGUGCAAUACAUCAUAGAGCAUGGUGGAGAUGUGCAUGCCACUGACAAAGCGAAUCAGACGGCGUUGCAUUGGGCGGCAGUGAGGGGUUCAAUUGCGGCGGCAGAUGUGUUACUGCAGAAUGGGGCUCGGGUUGAGGCCGCUGACGUAAAUGGUUAUCGGGCAGUUCAUGUUGCAGCUCAAUAUGGACAAACAACAUUUUUAAAUCACGUUGUUGCAAAAUAUCAUGCUGAUUUUGAUGCACCAGAUAAUGAUGGUAGAAGCCCUCUUCAUUGGGCUGCAUACAAAGGAUUUGCAGAUACAAUUAGAUUACUUUUAUUUAGAGAUGCCUCCCAGGAGAGACAAGAUAAAGAAGGUUGUACUCCUUUGCACUGGGCUGUGAUAAGAGGGCAUGUGGAAGCAUGUACUGUACUUGUACAUGCAGGCACAAAACAAGAAUUAUCGGUGAAAGAUAAUACUGGAUUCACUCCUGUACAGCUGGCAUCUGAUAAAGGUCAUCGGCAUAUCGCCUUAUUCCUUUCUAAUGCACAGAAUGCUCUAAGCAAGCGCUGGAUAGACAAAUUUUGCAUUGGCAGAUUAAGGGAUAUAGGUUAUGCCCAUAUUCUGUUCUGCUUAAUUUUUAUUAACACCAUCCUUUUCAUCAACUCAGUUCUUUUUGCUCCUGAUCUUCCAAAGGUUACUGCUAUACUUGGACUUUGGGGAUGGACAGCUGUUUCUGUAGUAAUUGCUGCAUUGAUGAUGUUCUAUCGGUGCAGUAGUAAAGAUCCAGGGUAUAUAAAAACAUCAGGAGGGAAGGGUGGUCAUACAGAUGCAGAGGAUCCUUUGGUGAAUAUUGAUCUGAACAAUUCCUCUAUCUGGACUGGGAAUUGGUCUCAACUUUGCCCUACCUGCAAGAUAAUUAGACCUGUUCGCUCAAAGCACUGCCCUACAUGCAAGCACUGUGUGGAACAGUUUGACCAUCACUGCCCCUGGAUCUCUAACUGUGUUGGAAAGAGGAAUAAAUGGGACUUCUUUGUUUUUCUCUGCAUGGGAGCUUUGUCAUCAUUCCUCGGUGCUAUUGUUGCUGUUCAAAGAAUUUGGAUGGCACCAAUGUCAUUGCCAGUUGGAGAAACGUGGAUUCAUUUUGUGGUAGUUCAACAUCCUGGUCUGGUAGCUUUUCUGGUUAUGGACGCUAUCAUUUUUCUGGCUGCUGCAUCUUUGUUGACAGUGCAAGCAUCCCAGAUUGCUCGGAAUCUUACCACAAACGAAGCAAUCAAUUCAGUACGCUAUGCGUAUCUUCGCAAUCCAGAUGGGCGGUUCCGUAACCCAUAUAACCAUGGGUGUCGAAAGAACUGUUCGGAUUUCCUCAUUCAAGGAUAUACAAAUGAUGAUGAGAUUGCUUGGCCUCCUUUGCAAGAGGUUGCCAGGUAAAAAUGUAAUCUCGAUAUGCGGAUUUUCAACUCCAUGAUACAAAAACCUUCCUUUUGCUAGUGAAUCACGGUUCAUAUUAGACCAUCAUCGGUCCUGUAACUGCUGUACCAUAUGUCCAUUGCUCAUUUUCAAAACAAUAGAAGGUCCUAACUUUUUUGCAAUGUAUUUACGUAUGUACAAAAUUCAUUAAUGAUGGUAUCAUUAGAAGUAGAUGUGUGCCUCUGCAUUUUAGUUCUUUAUCAAAUUAUGUUACAUUUCCUGUUUAUAAUUAAAAGAAAAAAGAGAGAGAGAGGGACCAAGUGAGCUUCAACAAUACACGAGUUUGAGAAGAUUGUUUU